AUGACCCGACGUGGCAAGCGGUUGCGCGAUGACUCUGAGUCGCCUGCUGAACAGCAACCUACCAAGACGUCCGGACAACUUCCACCUAUAGCUGAAGAGGUCACGGACAGUACAUCAGAAUGCAAUCCUUCAACAGACAAGCCGCGUAUAUCCACGUCCUCGUCGCCCGCUUCGUCUCCUGAGCCUUACUUCGGUUCAAAACAGCAAAAAGCAUUGUCAGAGCGUGCAAGACGCGCCGAAAGACGAUCAUCACAAAAUCACACGGACACUGCAAGCCCGCCUACCAAGCGUUCAUCUGAGCGAAAGAGAGCCAAAGAAAAGCCAGAGGAUCGCAUAACUCCUCAAAAAGAUCACAAGCAGCUUCUUAGGCACGCCUCAAACGUGAGCAUAAAACGCAAGUUCCUAAAAGCAUCUCUGAUAGGCUCAUCUUCGGGUGACGAGGAACUUCUGAUUCAGCGGAAGAAGCCGCGCCUUGGCGAAUCUUCUCAUGUAUCCAAGAAGAAGACGCUGGAACCACUUAAUCUGCACAAGGCUUUGAAAGAACUAAGGGCGGCGGAAGCAGCUUUGACUCUAGCCACACCGCAGUUCCUUCUGUCACCUACGCUGGAGAACAACAUCUUUGCACGGCAAACGUCGAUGAGCCAAUUACCCGCGACUACACCGAACUCCCCUCACAACAUUGGAAAGCCCUUUGCCAACCAUAAGCAAGCUACUGUUGAAGAUGAAAGUGUGAAACAUGUCAAUGCCAAAGCGUCCUUCAACUCACCGUCGCCAGUCAGCAAGAAUACCGAUAUCAACGACGACGCGAGCUUCUUAGCUUUUAUGCGACGCCUUUCGGCCUCUGCGCGGAAACUGGCGAAAGAAAAUCACAGAACUCCGGGGUCUGAAAAUACAAGCUUAAGCGAUGAAUCUUUGGGUUCAGGCGAACUCAAUAACAUCACCACCGCAGCUGGUGCAACAGCUCAACAAGCUCAAGUGCUGCUGCAAACACUCACUGGAACUGUAAAGAGGCAGCAGGAGAUUACCGAACGUAUCGCCACACAACGGGCCACGCAGCCUCCAGCUGCAAUGACCCCUGCUGAACUAUACAAGUUUGCGCAAACUGCACUCGAACAGGGCGCUGGAAAUGCUAUCCGCGGCCUCCAAAGCGCUAACGGCUACCACGACCCAAACAAACAGCCGCUACUUUUCAACAAUAAGCCGAUUGAGUAUAAUCGUAGACGGACCUCACUUUUUGCCGGGUCACAGCCUCAAAGCUUCACACCGAUGUCAGCCGAGGAUAUGUACUAUUGUCUCAAAGUUGAUGAGCAACGAUACCGUUCGGCUUUCAUGACUUGUCCGUACCUGUGGCGGUAUUUCGGCGGCCCAGCUGAUCGAUCCGAAAACCCCGUGUCAAAAUACCCGCUGUAG